GUACAAUAUUUCAGUGUUUAGCUACUUUGUCGAUGAUGACGGUUAAACGAGAGUCCAUGCACAAGAGAGCGAAAGUCGUCAAAGUUAGUUGGCAAAGGAAAGUUAUUCAUUGAUUAUUUAUUUUUCAACUUAAUUUGGAUCAUGUUUCACGCGACAAUCGUGCAGCUACUUGCUUAAUUAUUAUUUUUUCAUUCAGUUGAGAAUUGCAGCACUGCAGCGGCUCUCUCUCUCGCUCUUUCUCUCACGCUUUUUAUCGCUCAUAUUAUUGUUAAUUUUGUAGUUUUUUUUUUUUUGUUCGGAAUUGUUUUGUAACAAUGUUCAGUGUUACGAGUUGAAAAACGCAGUUAGUGAACUUCAAACGUUUCUAUCAACAUUCCAAAUUCCAAAGUGAAGAAUACGGAAACAAUUAGAAGCAAUGAACGUGGUGCAAUUAGUCAAGAUUCCUUUAAGAAAAUUGGUGCUGUUGUCCAUUGUGUAUUUUGACAUUCUCUCAGCUGAUUCGAUUGAGGAGAGUCUGGGCAGUGAUUUAAAUCGAACUGUAAUCGGUGCAUAUCGAGCGGCACAGACGAGGCAUGAACCAGUGGCAAAGCUUAAGCAAAGCGUACAUAUCAAUAGCACGAACCAUGACAUGAGCUUCGAAGUUUCGAUUUUAGAGCAGCAUACGCUGCCGAGAAUAGAGCGCAGUGCGUUUACCGUUCGAUUGAAUUACAAUUAUUCGGUGGUAGAAAGUGCAGAAAAACCUGCGCGUAAUGAUUCAAACCAUUGGCAACGGCCUGUAUUUGCCUCGAAUCGAAAAUACGAAAAGCUAACAUUUGAUCCAUCAACUUACGUAUGCAGUGACAAACAGGCGAUUGAGUGCUUGAACAAGACGAAAGAGUUUCGUGCGAAAAUUUUAAGUGAAUUUGGAAAAACAUUGCUCGAACCGAUUGAUGAAUCAUCUAACAUUUACAAUGUGGAAUAUGAACAUCCAGACGACAUGGUCAAGUAUAAUCCGACGUGCAUGGUUCUCGAUGCCAAGCUACGAAUAUUGACAAAAAAAGAUUCACCGUUCGAUACCAAUAAAAUCGGACGCUUAUUUCCAACACGCAAAUUGUUUGGCAAGAAAUUCAUGUCAGUUCAGCGUAGCUGCGUGAUUGUAUCCAGUGCUGGCUCAUUGUUUGAAUCUGGGCUUGGAAAAUUCAUUGACAACCACGAUAUUGUGCUACGGUUCAACCAUGCGCCAACUAAAGGUCACGAAAAAGACGUCGGUAGCAAGACAACUAUACGCGUAGUCAAUUCACAAGUGGUUAGCAAAAGAGAGUUUAAUUUCGUCGAAUCACCAAUAUUUGAAAAUGUCUCGAUUGCGGCAUGGGAUCCAGGGAAAUUCAAUGGAACACUACAUGAUUGGAUUUCCAAACCAGACUUUCAACUAUUUAAAAACUAUAAGCGAUUCAUGAAACGCCGACCCGACGCCAAGUUCUACCUUUUGGAUCCUCGUUCAAUAUGGAAUCUAUGGAAAGCACUGCAUAUUUACACGGGACUUAAAAUUCGACAGAAUCCUCCAUCAUCCGGAUUCAUUGGUCUUGCAUUGCUGUUGCCGCACUGUGGUAACAUCGACAUUGUGGAAUAUAUGCCAUCAACCAGACUGACUUCACGCUGUCACUACUAUGACUCAGAGAUGAAUUCGGCAUGCACAUUCGGAACAUGGCAUCCACUGGCUGCAGAAAAGCUCAUGACCUAUGACAUGAACAGUGCAAAUGAUUUUGCAACAUUUCAAAAUGGCGUUAUCAGAAUUCGAAAGCCAAAAAAUAACGGAUGUAAUUGAUGCACAAAUUGAAUUUUUAAAAUUCUUCUUAGUAAUAAACGUUAAGGUUCACAUAAAUUUCAGACAAUUCACAAACGCAACGAUUACAAUUGAAAAUAAAUCGAUUUGAACACUGUUCAAUAAUAAAUAACAAGUGAAUUUGAGCGAAAUAAUAAUUGCGUCUUGCAAGCAAAUAUGAUAAUAAUUGCAAAUAAUUUUAUUCCAACGGAAUAGAUCUUAGACAGAACAUUAAUUUGAUGAAAGGCAUCCAAUCCAAUGUUCAGAGUUCGUGAGUUAAGGAAACACACGAAUGCAAUAUGCCAAGUCGUGUAUCGGCUCAUGCUUUCAAAUGAAUCGAUCGAUAUCAAAGCUAUCGCUCAUUUAAAUUGUUAAACUGUCUGAAUUAAUUGGAAUGAAUUGAAAAUGAGAUAUAAUUGAUCAGCGGUGCAGCGUAUUGACGUUUAAUCAAAUGGAGAUCGAUCGCACCGGCACAGCUCAAAUCAACAGUUGUGUACACCAAUCUUACAAUUUGCACAUGGAUUUGAAUAAGUAAUAUGUUAUUGACUGUCAUUCGACAGUUCGUGUACUGCGACGUUUUCAAUUGCAUUUUAGCUGUGAUCUGAUUUGUGAGCGAUUUCGUGCAUCGAUCGAAUUGUAUCACGAUAGUAUUCGUCAUUCAAGUUUUUUUUUUUUCUUUUUUACUGCAUUUCGUCAAAUCCCAUGACUGUGCGAACGCAAAAUAUUCAUGAAUUUCAGGCGGUGAGUCAUCUAAAUGGUAAAAGUUUUUUUACGCCAUCACAUAUGAAUAUUGUAUAAAUAUUUUAUCGUCUUUUAAUCGGAAUUAUUAAAACAGAAAAAAAAAACACAAGUUGAGGGACUUUCUUGGCCGUUAUCGUUUAAAUGUUUUAGUUCAUUUGUUUACUAA